CACUCACAAGCUGAAUCGAGAACACUCACAGAACCUCCUCUCCACUGACUACCACAGAUCUUUCUCCACUCAGAAAAAGAUGGAAUCCAAGAUGGAAUGCAACGUGAGCCAGAUGUGGAGCGCCAAGAUGCCACAGGGACUGAACUUGGAGAUCUCCCAUCACCCGAUGACAAUGAGAAGUGUGGUCAACCUCAUCAUCGCCAUGGAGCGGCUGAAGGGCAGCCAUUCGGAAUCUGUGCUGAGCACAAGCUUCACAGAUGAAAACCUGCUCAACAUCAUGAUGGAGAACAUCGUGGAAGAGCACAUUGUGUGUGAGAGAAGCUCGUCUCCACCAGAUCAGUUCAGCAGAAGGGGCGUGUACACGUGCAACAUCACUGACAGCCAGAAGAGGAACUUCAUUCUGGUCCAGAACAGCAUGGAGCUCCACGCCGUGAUGCUGCAGGGAGGCAGCAGCAACCGCAAAGUUCUUCUCAACAUGUCCACCUAUGUGCACCCUUCACCCACCAUCGAAGCCAGGCCUGUCGUUCUGGGCAUCAAAGACACAGACUUCUUCCUGUCAUGCCAGAAGAAUGGUGCAGAGCCAACCCUGCAUCUGGAGCGUGUCGAGAACAAAUGCGACCUGGAGGCAUUCAGCAGGGACAGUGAGAUGGUGCGAUUUCUGUUCUACAAGCAGGACAGCGGGGUGAGCAUCAGCACCCUCAUGUCGGCCCGCUUCCCCAACUGGUACAUCAGCACAUCAGAGCAAGACAACAGGCCAGUGAUGAUGUGUCAGGAGAAUGCCCAGUGCUACCAGACCUUCAACAUCCAGCGUCAGAGUUAAAGCCGGCCAGAGGGGAACGUGGAUCAGCAUCUUUUCAUUUUUGAGCCUCAAUCUGCAGCUAUUUUAAUUCAAAUAAUCAGUCAGGAGGAUGUAAUUUCAAAAGAAGCAUCACCACUGUCUGCUGGAAAGACUUUGAGUGUCUAGUUACUGUAUGUACCGAGUACAGAGAGAAAAAUGCUUAGUGCAUUGACAUAGUCAAGUUUUACCACAAGGUGGCGUUGUUGAGUAGCCAGUGUAUUUCAAACAGUUACUGCUUUAA